CUGUCACCAUCAGCUGAGGUGUAGUGAAAAACAAAAGAGAAACAAAAAACGCGAGAAGGACGCCAAACCAUUGAAGCUCGUGCCCCAGUGUUCGUUGUGAUUUUAGUGCAGUAAGCUAACAGAUAAGAUGCAGAGGAGGCGCACAAACUUAUCAUCAGUCUUCAAUAUUGAUGACGAUGGUGGUGGUGGACCAUCGACAUCAUUUUCAGAGCGUGAAAUCCAUUCUCAAGAUAACUUGUUGCAUAUGGACUUCUCAGAGAAGAAUACUUGCUUUGCUGAUGAGGGCGGCGAAUUUGUGGUGCAGGGUGCAAGAGGACUAUAUAAGGAAUCUAUAGGCACUAACCCGACAACUCCAGGUUGUAUAGUUUGGGAGAAAAUUGGCCUUCUUUUUGGGGUCGUUCAACGACCCCACCUUCGCAUUCUACGUAACUACCAAGGCCUCCGCAUUCCAAAGGUUAAACGACAACUUUCGCUGGACUCUCGCCUUCCGCCCGGUGCUCAUGAUAACGAUAUCGAUGAAUUAACACAGCAAAUUGAACAGAACAAUCAACUUAUGGCUGAUAAUCCACUAUCGCGACACCUGAGAAUCGAGAGAAUCAAAUCUCUCCCUCAGACCAUUAAUAUCAAGCGAGAGAUCAAAACGAAGUUGAGCACUUCGGCGAGGAGUCGAUCAGGAUCCCGUAGGAUUACCUACUGGCAGAGAUUUAAAUACAGCUAUAGGAUUCUCAGAGCAAGGCUCGGAGCCUUUCUCGCAAAUACAGUAACAAAUCUUGAGAUUUGGUAUGGAUCCAUGAAGAACAUUGAAGGGCACUUUGGAAGUGGAGUUAGUGCUUACUUCAAAUUCCUACGAUGGCUCUUUAUCUCCUACUGCAUUGUGGCUGUUCUCUGUUUUGGAUUCAUCGUAUUGCCGCAAUUGCUACUGAACAAACACCAUGGAGGCUUCAAACCCACCACAAUGUUUAAAUUCUUAGAUAUUUUUACUGGGGAGGGCUACUUGACCACCACUGUCCUCUUUUAUGGGGGCUAUUCCAAUGAGACAAUCAGUAUUAUACCAAAGAAUACGUACAACCUACCGAUGGGGUACUUUCUCACGAUGAUUUGUGUGUAUUUGAUAACAUUCGUCAUAAUGUCGGUGUCAAUGGCGCGGUCGUACCGUAGGACAUUCAUUGAGGCGAGCGGAAUAACGUCCACAUAUGCGGAUAAAAUAUUCUGUGCAUGGGAUUUUGGGAUUUCAAAUGAGAAAAUGGCACGCCUGGCACACAAAUCGCUCUUCAAUGAGCUCCGUGAGAUGCUCAAUGAGUUGGAAAUGCCACAGAUUGAGCAGACAUUGCUACAGAAAUUCUGGAGUAUUGCCCUCAAGACCUCCUCACAUUUUCUCGUUCUCUUCAUGUUGGCUGGCUUGGGAGUGGGAAUGUGGACAAUGCUCAAUUACUUUGAAGAGAUUGAAGAUGUUACGAGAUCCUUUUCAUACCUCUACCUUCCCAUUGCCACGAAUUGUAUUAUGCUCGCUAUGCAGAUGGUUUUUGGAUAUAUUGCCAAAAUGGAAGGCUACAAAACUCCACGAACAAGAGUCCAUAUCACUCUCAUGAGGAAUUUUCUCUUGGAAGUUGUUAUUAUUGGUGUUCUUCUUGGAUUCUGGAUUUCAGACACGAAAACUCAGUGCUGGGAAACAGCAAUUGGACAGGAGAUUUAUCGCCUUGUCAUUGUGGAUUUUGUGAUAUCAAUUGUUGGGGUGACAAUUUAUCAGAUUGGCAAAUCUCUUCUAUCCCGUUCAUUCAAAUCUAUCGGAGCUCCGGAAUUUGAUAUUUCUCAAGCGAGUUUGAGUUUGGUUUUCAAUCAAACUCUCCUUUUUAUUGGACUCCUGUACUCACCGAUACUUCCUGUGAUUGUGAUCAUCAAAAUGAUCCUUAUGUUUUACAUCCUUAAAGCAAUUCUCAUUAAGUACUGCAAACCACCGGCUAAACUGUGGAAAUCCACACAAACACACACACUCUACUUGGUCAUGAGCUUCCUUUCGCUCCUUGGAGUUCUUGUGGCAAAUGGAUACAUUAUGACACAGGUCAGAGUGAGUCAAACGUGUGGACCAUUUCGUAAUUUUAACUUCAUGUACGAGAUAAUAACGCAAAAUAUUGCCAAAUUGACCAAAGAACAUCUCUUCUGGAGGAUUGUCGUCUCAAUCACACGUCCUGCCUUUGUGGGUGGAAUUCUUCUGGGAAUGUGUGUAAUUGUGUACUACUUGCGCUCAAAAUCUCGCGCAAGGAUUGGUAUGGUGAAGCUUCUCAAGGAGAUGCUCUACAUGGAGGCGAGAGAUAAAGAGUUCCUUUUGGGCCAUAUCAUGAAGCUCGGCCAACAGUCAGAUAGUCAUAUUGAAUGAGAUUUAGGCCGGAAUUUAGAAUCAUUAUUAUGUAUAAGCAAUAAGGAGACUAAAGGCGGCUUAUAUUUAGUACAUCUGUGGUUAAAUUUUGAUGUGAAACUCAAACUUCUUUUUUUUCUAAAUUCUUUUGUGAAUUUAUGUGCAGGAAAUUCACAAAAAAAAUACGAAAAACUUCAAAGAAAAGAAAUUCAGACGCAACAAAAUUUGUUAGAAAAUUAUAAAGAAAAGUUGCGUUUGAAAUCAGAAUCUAUCCACAAGAGCUUAUGCCUAUUUUAGCUUUUUUUAUUUAUUUCGGUGGAGGUGUCUAUUGCAAUUUUAUCUAGCGAAAUUGUUCCUCUAGUAAAAUAUUUAUUUGGGAAAAUCAUCUUUUAGAUGGAACCCAUAAGAAAAUAAAAAUAUUUAUCUCAGACUUAAUCAAUUUUAUACUUAGCUCUCAUUUUAUCGAUGCAAUAAAUAGAAAAAUAUAAAAAGAAA